AUGAUUAAAUAGAUUACUAAUCUAACAAAAACAUUAAAAAAACGAUUUUUGCAAGUGCCAAAAUAUCCUUUUGGAAAUAGCUGCUGCAACAAGAAUUUAUAAAUAGCGAAUCUCUUCUCUACUAAUUAAAAAAUGACAACUGAGGUAAAAAAAGACCCCUAUCAAUUAUGGCAACUCCCUGUUAAAGAUGAAACCAAGUAUUUAACAGGUCUUAAAGUUAAAAACACCUUAAAUCCUUAGAAUUUAGUUGAAUUCGUCCCUCACAAAGGCAAAUAAGUUAGAUUCUACAACUGUGGCCCUACAGUUUAUGAUUCUUCACACAUUGGUCAUGCCAGAACUUACAUUUCUGCAGAUAUUAUCAAAAGAAUUAUGGUUAAGUACUUUGGCUAUGAUGUUUUCCACUGUAUGAAUAUUACUGACAUAGAUGACAAGAUCAUUAAAAAGUCAAAUGAAAGUGGUGAAGAAUUUACUGCCUUUGCCAGAAAAUGGGAAAUGGAUUACUGGUAAGACAUGGAAACAUUAAAUGUUGAUAAGCCUGAUGUCAUAGUCAGAGUUAGCGAAUAUGUACCAGAAAUUAUUUCUUACAUUGAAAAAAUUAUUGAAAAUGGCUACGCUUAUGUCGCUAAUGGCUCCGUUUACUUCAAUGUUGAUAAAUUCCACGAGUCUCCAACUCAUUGCUACUCUAAACUCGAACCUCAAAGUGUUAAUGAUGCUUAAAAGCUAGACGAAGGUGAAGGUGCUCUUGGCAAAAAAGAUGAAAAGGAAAAAAGAUCUCCUAGAGACUUUGCUUUGUGGAAAGCAAGCAAACCUGGUGAGCCCUUCUGGGAUAGUCCUUGGGGCUAAGGUCGUCCUGGAUGGCACAUUGAAUGUUCAACUAUGGCCUCCGAAAUUCUUGGAUAUCCAGUCGAUAUCCAUAUGGGAGGAGAAGACUUGAAAUUCCCUCACCACGAUAACGAAUUGGCUUAGAGUGAAGCCUUUUAUAAUAAAUAAGAUUGCUAAAAUCAAUGGGUUAACUACUUCAUGCAUACAGGCCAUUUGCACAUUGAUGGAUUAAAAAUGUCAAAGAGUUUAAAAAAUUUCAUUACCAUUAAGCAUUUAUCCAGCCAACACAGCUAGCGCGUUUUAAGACUUCUCUUUAUGAAAUAAACAUAUGACUCUACAAUGGAUUACACCACUGAUUCAAUACAUGAAGCUAAAACAAAAGAUAAAAAGUAUUCAGAAUUUUAUCUUACAAUGAACGCCAUACUUCUUUAAUCAGAAAUCAAUGUCCCAUAGAAGUGGGGUCCUAGAGAAUUUGAAUUAAGAGACUUGUUUGUUGAAAAGCAAGAUAACAUCCACAGGGCAUUCUAAAAAAAUUUCAAUGUCCCUGAAGCACUUAAAGAGCUUGACGAAAUCAUCACUGCUGUCAAUACUUACAUUAAGGAAAAGCCUAUCAUUCAUCUUCUCAUCAGAAGUAUUUUCAACUACGUUAAGCAUAUUUUCAAUUGCUUAGGUUUAAUUUAUGAAAAGCAACAAGCUUAAGCUAAGGAUGACACCUUCAUUCGCACUGUUGGAUUGAUUAGCAGUCUCAGAGAUGAGAUCAGAGGUGCAAACAAAGAUUUGCAAGUUAUCAACAAGGCAGCUAUUAAUGCUAAGUCUUCUCUUGGUGAAAUAACCUUAAAACUAGAACCAAAUGCUAGUGAAAGUGCUGUUUAGAUUGCCACAGACUACAUAACUUAAGUAUUAAAAUGUGUUGAAGAUAACUAACUUUAACAGAUUUAUAAGGCUUCAGAUGAAAUCAGAGAUGAAAAACUGAUUUAGAUUGGUAUCCGUAUUGAUGAUGGUAAACCUGGUGAGCCCAGUUUAUGGAAAAUCGAUGAUAAAGAAACUUUGCUAAAAGAGAAAGAAGAGAAAAUACUCAAAGAAAAAUAAAAAGAAGAAGAAAAGCGCAAAAAAGAAGAAGAAAAAUUGAAAGCUAUGAGUGUGAAUCCAGCAGAAAUGUUUAAAAAUGAUCCUAACUAUAGCAAGUACCAAUUUGAUGAAAGAGGUAUUCCUAGUCACGAUGAAAAGGGCACUCCUCUUAAAGAAAAAGCUAUUUAAUCUUUUGUUAAAAAAUACGAUGCACAAAAGAAGCUCUAUGAACAAUACCUUGAAAAAACAUCAAAAAAGUGA